UGGUUGCCAAAGCCAGAGACGGAGACGGAGAGGGGCCUAGAGCCCAUCUCGCGUCGAACAAUGGGAAAGAACUCCUUCCUUCACAGUUCACGCGGACGGAUAUCUCGUCUCGGUCAGUUCGCUUCGUGAGUUAUCUUUAUCUCCUCUCGAUCGAUCGCUUCCUCCAUCGAGGCGGUAAAGCGCCGCCCAGAUCGCCGGAAGCAAGCGGCGACCUCACCAGCUCCGAGCAGCAGCAGGUACGAGUCUAUACUCCACUUCCUCUCCGUCUCACCCCGACUGGCGAUUUCUUGCAUAGGGCUUGCGGCCCCGGUCAGAUCUUGCUCCGGCACUCGCUGCCAGCCUGAUCGGAGCCUGGAGUCGCAGGGUGGGAGCGGACUCCAUUCAACGGAAUCUUCCCCUAUGGUGGCUGCUGCUGUGCGUUACCGGCCAGCCGCGUGCCCAGUUUACUCCCGUCCGGGAGGCUCGUGGAACCAUUAGUCGUUUUCUGGCAGCGGCAUGGAGGGGCUGAGCUGGAGAACGGUGUGUUGUUUAUCGGUGCUCUGUGCCGUGCUGUUCUUGCGCCCGGCCGAGGGCAUCCGCUUCGUGAUCGAUAGGGAAGAGUGCUUCUCGCAUAACGUGGAAUACGAGGGGGAUACUGUCCAUGUAUCCUUCGUCGUCAUCAAGGCUGACACCCCGUGGCAUUACAGCGAGGAGGGCGUCGAUCUUGUGGUUAAGGAUCCUAAUGGCGCUCAAGUCCGUGAUUCCCGAGAUAAGACUAGUGACAAGUUUGAGUUCAUAGUUCAGAAGAGAGGCGUCCAUCGCUUCUGCUUCACGAACAAAUCCCCAUAUCACGAAACGAUAGACUUCGAUGUUCAUGUUGGCCAUUUUUCAUAUUUCGAGCAGCAUGCCAAAGAUGAGCAUUUUGCACCACUUUUUGAGCAAAUAGGCAAGUUGGAUGAGGCACUUUACAAUAUUCAGUUCGAACAGCACUGGCUAGAGGCCCAGACUGACCGUCAAGCAAUAUUGAACGAGAACAUGAGCAGGAGGGCAGUCCAUAAGGCGCUCUUCGAGUCAGCGGCGCUGAUCGCCGCCAGCGUCAUCCAAGUCUACCUCCUGCGCCGGCUCUUCGAGCGCAAGCUGGGGACGUCUCGGGUUUAAGGCAACAGUAGCCAACUUGCCCUUCGCAGCCACCAUGAUCACACCGACAUAACCGUUACGAAUUCGAAUGGUUGCUAGAUCAGCUAAAUACCACAUGUUUGUGGACUUCAGUUACAUGUAAUAUUUUUUUUGUGAUUCCACAGAUGAGAACUCUUCAAAGUUUAAACCGUCGAUUUAGCCUUCAUUCUGCCUCAGCAUUUUAUCGCCUUGUUUCUGUAGUAGCAACCAGUAACAACAAGGUUGCCUGUAGUCUGUACAAGAUAGUAGAGGUUUUUUUUUCUGUGCUGGUUGUACGACACAACUGUGAAUGACUUGCCGUAGACGGAUACUAUACUGUA